AUGAAGAUCGCAACACUUCAAUUUGCUCCCAAACUGGGUGAAAUCGCGGCCAAUUUUAGCCGUGCUGAGAGUCUGCUCAUGCGAGAGGAGAGAGAGGGAUUACUCACAGGAAUCGAUCUACUGGUGUUACCCGAGCUUGCGUUUACAGCGGAGCCACAAAACAUAAGGAUGGCUGGAGGUUCAUUGAAUCAUGGCCUCGUGGUCAAGGUUAGAGGCAUGGAGAUUGACAGAUUUACAGGGUAUAAUCAUCCAUCGCUUCAAGCCAUCGCUCCGUUCCUUGAACCGACCGCAGCAGGCCCAUCCACCAAAUGGGCAGCUCGUACUGCAAAGCGCCUGAAAUGUACAGUGGCUGUUGGUUAUCCGGAAGCCGCCGAAGGGGGGAACUUCAACACCGUCUUUGACCGACACAUUACGGCGGAGGAAGGAAGUAUUGCAUAUAACUCGUUGGUAUUCGUCAGCUCAACUGGAGAUGUGGUUGCCCAUUACCGUAAGUCAUUCUUGUACUAUACCGACGAGACGUGGGCACAAGAAGGGCAAGGCUUCUGGGCGGGAGUCCUCCCCGUGGGUGGCAAUGGUCAGCAGAUGAAAGCGGUAGCGGGCAUCUGCAUGGAUAUCAACCCCUACAAAUUCGAGGCGCCCUGGACGGCAUAUGAAUUUGGGAAUCACGCGCGGGAAGCACGUGCAAAGAUUGUCGUCAUCAGCAUGGCUUGGCUUACAAGGCUGAGUGCUGAUGAAUUGUCGAGUCAGGUGACGGUACCAGAUCAAGAUACCAUGAAUUACUGGAUCAACAGGCUUAGUCCGCUGUUCGAGUCUCCGGGCUCGAUAGCAGAAGCCCUGGUGAUAUGUGCAAACCGGGUGGGCGAAGAAGGCACAGAUCCGCGGUUGGGAGAUGUUAGAUAUGCUGGCAGCAGCUGUGUCAUGGGUAUGACGGCGGGGAGGAAGAUCAGGAUAUGGGAUAUACUGGGUAGAGCACAGGAAGGGGUCUUGCUGGUGGAUACUGAGCGCGAUCCCUUAUAUUCCAUUGUUCUCAAACCUGCGGACCAGACAGAGCCUGUCUCAGAGGCACAAAAGAACGAUAUCAAAGAUAACACGACAUCGGAGCUGCUUUCUACAGGGAUGGAACGGCCGGACAUGCAGAGAUGA